AUGUUUUCUUCUUCUGAUGUUAUUCCCUCACCGCCUUCACGUCCACUAACAAUUACAACAAAUCGAAAUGCAAAGAAAACACUCACUUCUUUUUUUAAAUCAAAUCAUCAACUUACACCCGUAUUGACGGUAAAAAUGAUUGAAAAACGUUUAAAUCAUCUACAUCAAGAAUUAAUUCUAUUACAAAAUGAAAAACAUAUAAAAUAUACUAAACGUUUGGCAAAAUUGUUACGAACACAUGAAAUGCAGGUUGAUAAUCUUCAAUACUGGCGUGAUAUUCGUCGUCAAAUGAUCGAUUCUACAUGUUCCUCAGAACUUCGUCAAACUCAUUCAAAUUAUGAUGAAAAAAGACUCGAAGUAAAAUCCAAACUAUUAUCAUCGUUUAGUGAUCGACGUCGUCUCAUUGAAUAUGAAAAUUUACAUCUUGACAUUCGUGAUGAUAAUCUAUUUGAAUAUGAUAUCAAUGAUCAGAAUGGCACUAAUAGUCUACUUGGAGAAUGUCAGCAACGAAUUUCAUAUAAUUUACGUCGUCAGCAACAACCUGAACAACAACAACAACUACAGAUCGCACCAUCCACCUCAUCACCAAAUGAAGGAUCGAUCGUAUCUCAGAUGCCUAUAUCAGCCGAUUCUGAUCGUCCACCAUCACUGACAUUAAUAACAACAAGAGGAAAUUUACUACCAUUACUAUCAACAAAAGUUCUAUCCAUCGAACAAAAGUAUGGUGAUAAAUUUUGCACAACAUUAGGUUUGAAUGAUAUAGAUUGUGAUAUUAAAAAAGUUCGACCAUUACUAAAAACACGAUGUUCUUCUCGUACAUCUACAACUGCAGAACAUUCAUUACAAAAACAAACUGCACGUCUAUCAACUCCCAAUAUAUCAAAUUCUUCAAAUGUCCCAGAUAUAAAAAUUGAAGAUGGUCGUCUAUGGUAUAAUUGUCAAUGGUUUUCUCGUGGUAAUCCAAUUGUAAUCUUAUUUAAUGAUGAUCAAUUAGACGAAAUUAUUGUUGGUGUUAUUCUCACUAUUGGUAGAAAUGAUUUACUUAUAAGACGAUCAGGUUCAACAAAAAACACAACAAAAUCUAAUACUAAUUGUCAGUUUGACUAUAAUGUUCAACGUAUCAUUUGA